CCGAAAAGGCAAGUAUUUUUUCAAUCCACCACCAAACCAAACAGUUACAUGUUUUGCACCGCACCUGGGAUUCCAAACACAUGCGAAACAAUAACUAUAUAUAGUUUCAAGUAUUUUACUUUUGAAGAAACCCUAUAACUUUUUUCUCCAAACACAAGAAACCCUACUUCUACUACUAUAUCGAUCUCUAAUAUGAAGAAAAAACAGGAAAUAAAUUGUGUUGUGGGAAUAGACCUUGGCACAACGUAUUCAUGUGUUGCAGUAUGGCAGGAACAACACUGUCGAGUUGAGAUCAUUCACAACGAUCAAGGCAAUAGAACAACACCUUCUUUUGUUGCUUUCACCCAAAAUCAGAGAUUAAUAGGUGAUGCUGCUAAGAAUCAAGCUGCUGCAAACCCUCAAAACACAGUCUUUGAUGCUAAGAGGUUAAUUGGUAGGAAGUUUAGUGAUCCUAUUAUUCAAGAUGAUAUACUUUUAUGGCCAUUCAAGGUCAUUGCUGGUGACAAUGACAAACCCAUGAUCAUGGUUAAGUACAAAGAUCAGGAAAAGCAACUAUAUGCCGAAGAAGUAUCAUCUAUGAUACUCACCAAGAUGCGAGAAAUUGCUGAGACAUAUUUAAAAUCAAAUGUUAAGAAUGCAGUUGUUACUGUGCCAGCUUAUUUUAAUGAUGCUCAGCGAAAAUCCACUAUAGAUGCUGGUGUUAUUGCUGGCCUCAAUGUUAUGAGGGUAAUGAAUGAACCUACUGCUGCAGCUGUUGCGUAUGGUCUUGACAAGAGGACUGAUUAUGAUGGAGAACGGAAUAUUUUUGUGUUUGAUCUUGGUGGUGGCACUUUUGAUGUGUCUCUACUAUCUAUUAAGGGUAAUGUGUUUAAAGUUAAGGCAACUGCUGGAAACACUCACCUUGGAGGAGAAGACUUUGAUAAUAGAAUGGUGAAGUACUUCGUACAAGAGUUCAAGAAAAAGAACAAAGUGGAUAUUAGUGGAAAUGCCAAAUCAUUGAGAAGGUUGAGAAGUGCUUGUGAGAGGGCAAAAAGAUCACUUUCUUUUCUUGUUGUUGCAACUAUUGAAGUAGAUUCUUUAUUUCAAGGCAUUGACUUUUCUUCAUCCAUCAAUAGGGCUAAGUUUGAGGAAAUGAAUAUGGACCUUUUCAAUGAGUGUAUGAAGACCGUUGAGAGUUGUCUUACCGAUGCUAAGAUGGAUAAGGGAAGGGUAGAUGAUGUUGUUCUUGUUGGUGGAUCUUCUAGAAUUCCAAAAGUACAACAGCUAUUACAAGACUUUUUUAAGGGAAAGGAGUUGUGCAUGAGCAUUAAUCCUGAUGAGGCUGUAGCUUAUGGGGCAGCUGUUCAGGCCGCAUUGUUGAGUGAAGAUGUUAAGAAUGUUCCAAAGUUGGUGCUGCAGGAUGUUACACCUUUGUCUCUUGGCAGGUUAAUACACGGAGAUAUCAUGAAUGUGGUGAUUCCUAAGAACACUUGCAUUCCUGUCAAUAGGACAAGAUCAUAUAUUAGAGUUCAAGAUAACCAAACCAGUGACUUGAUUGAGGUUUAUGAGGGUGAGAGAACAAGAGCCAGUGACAACAAUUUGCUUGGUUCCUUUACUCUUUCUGGCAUUCCCCCAGCUCCUCGCGGCAGCCAUAUCUCAAAUGUUUGUUUUGCUAUUAAUGAAAAUGGUAUUUUGACUGUUUCAGCUAAUAAUAAUGUUUCUGGAGUUUUGAACGCAAUUACAAUAACCAGUCACAGAGAUAGAUUGUCAAGUGAGGAAAUUAAAAAAUUAAUUCAAGAAGCUGAGAAAUACCAUAUUGAAGACAAGAAAUUCCUAAGGAAGGCCGAAGCAGUGAAUGCAUUGGAUGACUACAUUUACAAAAUGACGAACACUUUAAAGAAAAAGGAUAUUAAUUUGAAGCUCUCCUCACAAGAGAUCCAGCAGAUUGAAGAUGCAAUUGCAGUGGCUAAAAACCUCGUUGACGAGAAUAACAAGCUGGUUGAAAUAGAAGUUCUGGAGGAUCACCUAGAAGGGCUUGAGAGCAGGAUGAACCACAUUAUAGCUAAGACUAUUUAGUUUCACUAAAUAAGACAUGUUUGUUACUUAAACUGUUACUGUCAUUUUGAUAUAUUAACCCUGCACAAGUUGUUGAAACUGUCAUGUAGGACUUUUUUAUUCAAUUGCACAACUUGUUGAAACAUUGAAGCUAUUUAAAAAUAGUUACUUUUUUAA